GCACAAAAUGGCGGCGGCGGGGGCCCCGCGCAGGUAGCGCCGCCAUGGAAGCGGAGGGCGGCCCGGUGGGGCCGGGGGAGCGCUGGGCGCCGGUGGGCGCCGUGACGGCUGAGGAGGAGGAAGAGGAGGAGGAAGAAGAGGAAGAGGAGACGGCGGGGUCUCCGCGGUCGGUGCCUCGGUUGCGGGCGGAACGGCGCCGGUUGCACGGGGCGCUGCUGGCGCUGGCCUCGCACUUCGCUCAGGUGCAAUUCCGGCUGCGGCAGGUGGCGAGGGCCGGGCCGGCCGAGCAGCAGCGCCUGAUCCGAGACCUCGAGGACUUCGCCUUCCGAGGCUGCCCCGCGCCCCUCGCCCACGGCCUCGGGGACGGCCCGAGUGAACAGGAGAAGCAGGAGCGAAUUGAGGUCCAGAAGGAAAAGCAGAGAGAGCUGAUCUUGCAGCUUAAGACACAGCUGGAUGACCUGGAGACGUUUGCUUACCAAGAGGGCAGCUAUGACUCUCUGCCACAGUCUGUGGUUAUGGAAAGACAACGGAUGAUUAUUGAUGAGCUGAUAAAGAAGCUGGACAUGGACUUGAGUGCAGACAUUGCAACGCUCUCUCCAGAGGAAUUGCGACAGCGCGUGGAUGCUGCCAUAGCCCAGAUUGUUAAUCCAGCCAGGGUGAAGGAGCAGCUGGUGGAACAACUGAAGACGCAAAUAAGGGACCUUGAAAUGUUCAUCAACUUCAUUCAGGAUGAAGUCGGAAGCUCUGGUAAGGCAGAAGAUGGACACUGUGAGUGUGCAGGUAGAAAAGAUGGUGGUGGCUCCUGUAAACCAAAUACCCGGUCUUCUGGAAACAGAGUGAACCCAGAAGAUGCCAGAAAGAUGCGAGAAACGGGCCUGCACCUCAUGCGUCGCAUGCUUGCUGUGCUGCAGAUAUUUGCUGUUAGUCAGUUUGGUUGUGCUACCGGUCAGAUUCCUCGUACCCUCUGGCAGAAAGACCAAGCCAACAAGGACUAUUCCCCCUUAAUUAAGAAACUGGAGCUGUCAGUAGACCGGGUGAGGCAGCUAGCCAUGAAACACCAGCAGGAAGACCACGUUAUCAGUUCCUCCGAUCUGCAGGAUAUUCCCUUAGGAGGGAGAGAUGAGCUGACUCUGGCUGUGCGGAAGGAGCUGACCAUUGCUUUACGAGACCUGAUGGCUCACGGGCUCUACGCCUCUUCUCAAGGGAUGAGCCUGGUGUUGGCACCCAUCGCGUGCUUGAUUCCUGCGUUCACCUCCUCACCACAGACGAUGCAUCCCUGGGAACUCUUUGUGAAGUAUUACAACACGAAGAACGGACAAGCCUUUGUGGAGUCUCCAGCUCGCAAGCUCUCCCAGUCCUUUGCCUUGCCUGUGACGGGAGGAGUCGCCAUCACCCCGAAACAGAGCCUGCUGACGGCGAUACACACUGUCCUCACUGAGCAUGACCCCUUCAAGCGCAGUGCGGACUCUGAACUGAAAGCUCUGGUGUGUAUGGCGCUGAACGAGCAGCGCCUGGUCUCCUGGGUGAAUCUGAUCUGCAAAUCCGGAGCUCUGGUACAAUCUCACUACCAGCCAUGGAGCUACAUGGCAAACACAGGCUUUGAGAGUGCACUCAACAUCCUCAGUCGCCUGAGCAACUUGAAGUUCAACCUCCCAGUUGACUUGGCUGUCCGGCAGCUGAAGAACAUCAAAGAUGCUUUUUGAUGUAUUUUUAUUGUCAAUCAUCCACUUUCCACAAGUAGGCAGCUGUUGGGCUCCAGAAGCCUGGCUUUUUUUUAAGACCAAAUUUGGCUCUUUGAAAUUUAUAUUUGCUUUUAGGGAAAUCUUGUGGUGCCCUGAUGCUGGAGGUUGGGUGCAGCACAGCACCCCACCCUGCCCUCACGGAGUUCUGAAUAGCAAAAACUGGCGAGCAGAUGCUACUGCACGUGCUGUGCCAGAUGCUGGCUGGGUGCAGUAGAGGCCUGACCACGGAGCCUGUAUGUGGGAGAAAUCCCUUACAGGAGACCACGGCUGAGCUCCUGUGCUGUAUGUGCACGGUUAUUUCUCAAAAUCCGUGGUCUCAGCGAUGCCACAGUGAGCCACCUCUGUCAGGAAGAGCGGGCAGUCCGGCACCAGGAGUUGAGCUGCCUAGUUUGCAGCUGCUCAGUGGUGUGCGAUUUGCUUUCCCCGGUGCAAACGUACAAGAAAACUGGGGACGAAUCCUGCUGAGGCACCGGGACCCUGCAUCUCCUGCGCUGGUGGCUCAGAAACCCAGAGCACCAGCACCAGCGAUGUUCUUCACGCUGCCGGGUGAGGGGCUGGCCUUCGGGUUGCUUCGUGUGGAAAUCCCCAAACUCCUUUUUCGAAGCUUUUUGCGCGCAGCCCGGAGCACCCGCGGUGUGGUGCUCCCUAGCGGCUGCAUUAAUCGCUUUAGCAAAGCCUGCGUGUGGGGAAAAAAAUACGUCUCCAGCUACUACGUUUUAAUUUGUGUCGGUUCCUAGCCUUCGUGCCGCCGAGCUCACUUUGUGAUAUUUAUGAUCAGAGUUUUUAAUUUAUCUGUAACUCCUGGGGGAACGAAGGCUGUGCUUGGUGUAACGGCGGCACCUCUGGGCGCGGGCUGCGACCGGUUGUGAAAUGAAAUUGUGAGCAAA